GGCUUUAGAGGUUAAUUGUAAGUUUGUAACAUUAACUUCUACAGAUUUUACAUGGCGGAAUCACAGAAAGUAGCUCUCCCAACUUCCGACUCAAAAAGGAAAGGUUCACUGCUUGAUGAAGAAUUUGGAAAGGAAUUCUUCAGCUCCUGGAAAACAAUGUCUGGGAGAGAGGAUGAUGGCAUGGAUUUUAGCUGUGAAACAGCUCCCAAAGGCAUGAAAAAGAACUUCAACUUUGAUAAACUGGAUAUGGAUUUUGCUCUUGAUGGUGAUUUUGGUAAAAUAUCAUCCUUCAAAGUUGACAUGUCAGACCUGGAUUUUUCCAGUCCUAAAUCUAGGGAAAGAGCUGACAAAAAAUCAACCGAUGGAAAACAUGAAGCAAAGAAGGAUCACUUCAACUUCAAUUUUGAUUUUCAAGAAUUGGAUAGUUUUGAUUUGGAUUCAAGCUUAAUGAAAGGGAAACAGAAAUCUGAAAAAUGCACAGAUGAUAAGGAAUUUGAUUCUUCAGUUAGACAUGAGAAGGAUCAAGGUUCCAGAAGCAACUUGGCCACAGAAACCAAUGCAUUCAAAGAAGAUGAUGUCAAAAAAGCCAGUGUGACCGCUUCAAAUUUUGAGAGUUUGAUAGGUGGCCUUGGGGAUCUUGAUUCUGUAACUGGUGGUGCUCCUACAAGUUCAAAAUUCGAAAAUGUAAAUGCGUCAGGAGGUGCAACUGCUUCUCAAGAUGAAAAAAUGAAUAAUAGACGAGAGGAAGCUAACCAGCCUAGUCAACACUCCACAAAAUCAGAUGAUCAACAGCCUAUCCAGGAUUCAUCUGGCCAAUCUGUCUCUUUUGAUGAUCCAAGGCAAGAGACUGCUGCAGACUUACAAGCAGGAUUUUAUUCCUCAGAGACAGAAAUAAGUACAAAUACAGGAUUGCCGAACACCAAAUGUGAGAUCGGAAAAAGGUUGGGGAACCAAAAUCAGGUUCCCAUGGGAAAUGUAUCUGGGGAUGAGGCAGCCCCAGGUAAUGCAGGAUUCCAGAGCACUAUAAAUGAGUUCCAGAAAAAAUUGGAGGACCAAAAUCAUAUCCCCAUGAGAAAUAUAUCUGGGAACAAGUCAGCCCUAGGUAAUGCAGAUAUAGUGGAUGCUUCAACUACAAGCCCGAAGAUGCAGAACACAAAGGCUAGAAAAGAAAACAAUGAUUCUUUGUCACAGCUUCUUCUGGCCCCAGUGCAAAGUGAACCUGGAGCUGACAAGGUCAUGCAAAUGAAAGAGCAAGGAAAGGGGGCUACACAUUUGACAGUGCUGAGUAGAACCCAGGAAAAUGUUCCUCAGUCACAUCUGGCAAUUACUCCAAUGAAAAUCCAUUCUCUUGGAGAGAAAAGAAAGGAAAGUAGGCAUUUCAGUCCAACAGACCAAAGAAGUGAUGCACAAGGUAGGAAUCAAAAGGUUGGUACUUCAAACUCACAGGAUGCCAUCCUAACUAAAGGUGUUCCUGUCAUAAAAGAAGGUGAAAAGAAUGACAAAGAUCACAGCGUCUCUGGCCCUGGUUUACAAGUUCAUGAUGUGAGCUUACAUGAGAAGGCCACAAAAUCUAAGCUUCUGAACACCAAUCCUAAAGUUUUAGUUUCAAGCAUGAACUCCAAGAGUAUUUCUGUUGAAAGGAAUGGACUUGCUACUCUGAAAGUUGGUAACAAGACAUCUGAUGCAACUAGCUUGAAAUUUUCAAGGAUUGUAACAUCAAAGAAUGAUCUCUCAGUUUCUACACUUCAGACAGAAUUUAAGUCAUUGAGGAACUCAAAAGGAAGCAUGGGAAUGCAUACAGAUUUGGCAAACAUGAUGAACCAAUCUAUCAGCUCAGAGAAACAAAAACUGCCAAGCCCAUCUUUGAAACGGAAAACUUUUGAGGAACCUACUGCAGAUCCAGUGAUGUUAUAUCCAUUAAAGCGAAUCACAGAGCCACCAAACCAUAGCAGAAAAGCUAGGGAGGUUUCUCAACAAGUUGAUGAAAGUCUGGUCCACAAUCAUGAGAAUCUGGUAGAUGGCUGCAACAAGGAUGUUUUCUUUGACCAUCCUACCUGUAAACUUGAUACUUGUCAACAAGUAUCUUUGACAGAGUUACAAGUCCCUAUAGUGAUGGAGAAUGAUGAAAAUGUUGAAAAAGCUGAAGCCUAUAUAAAGGAGCUUGAAGAUAAAGAGAGAUUAUAUGGGUGGCUGAUGUUGUUCUUGCAGAUAUGCAACAUGCUGAAAAAGAAACAUGAAGAAGCGAAGGAAGUACUUGUUCGUGCUCUGGUGAACAGCAACAAUCUGCUGAUGCUAAACCAUCCCAUCUACGAAGAGAAGAUCCGUACAAUACUGAGAUUUUCUGCCUUUAUGAGGUCCAAGGAGCUUCAAUCUUGAUUUGCUUAUUGAAAAAUUGAGACAUAAAGGUAUCAGUUUGCAGGUACCAGUUAUGUGUGCUCUUUCCAGUAUGUUUAAAGCUGUGGGAGCCCAACUUCAUUUUCAAGAAUUAAUGCUGUAAUCUGAAAAUAAAUGUGCCAAAAGGGACCUUAGGUUAUCUCAACUUCCAUGUGCCUGUUUCUGUAUUGUUUCAAUACCGUGAGCGACGAAAAUGAAAUGUACAAUACUGAUGCUAAUUCCUCUCGAUGUAGUCAAAUCUGCAAGACAUUUGGUACUGUUAGUCAA